AUGAUUGUGGCCAAAACCGAACUAUCCGAGGCACUAAAAUAUAAACUAGAAAGAGAGUUAAAGUGCAACUACUACCUCCGUUUGAUCGAGGGUUCCUACGAUCCAUUCGGUUCGCCGCAGUUUGACCAUCCUCAGGCGUCCUGGCUGCGCAAUCUUUCGACGCCCGUGAAGACGUACUGGAUCGUCUGCAAAUUGCUUCAAGCAGAUAGACUCGAUGUCAACGGAAAUUCGUCAAAUGACUUUGUCGUUCGGCCGACAAAAGUCCGUCACCUCCUCACCGCAACUGAAGAGGGCAGCCUCAAAAGUCGAAAGUGUCGUCUUCUGGCGAAUUCGACCCACGCAAAUUCCAUCCACACACCAUUUUCAUACCAACACAUCCCGCCUACUCAUGUGGUAUGGAGCUCCGCAACCCUCCGUCCGUCUCGUGGUCCAUGGGCAGCCAUGCUUCUGCAGUCGUCUCUUCAUAAGUUCAGCCCUCCUUCCGCUCACCAAUCCACU